GGACCUCCCUGCCGCCGGAGGGCGCUCCACCGCGCGCCUGCGACCGCGCGCAGCUCCGUUACUACGGGGGCGGGAAGGAGCCGAAAACAAACGUCAGCGCGCGGGAGGGCGGCAUGGCUGCUGGCGGAGCGGAUGAUCCGUCCCUGGAGAGGCAUUUCAAAGGCCACAGAGAUGCCAUCACUAGUGUGGACUUCAGUCUCAAUAAGAAACAAUUGGCGAGUGGCUCAAUGGAUUCAUGCCUGAUGAUCUGGAGUAUGAAACCUCAGAUGAGAGCCUAUCGCCUUGUGGGCCACAAAGAUGCAGUGAUGUGUGUUCAGUUUUCCCCUUCUGGCCACCUCGUAGCUUCGGGCUCCAGAGACAAAACUGUCUGCUUAUGGGUUCCCAGUGCCAAAGGAGAAUCUACUGUGUUCAAGGCUCACACAGCAACUGUGAGAAGCGUUCAUUUCUCCAGCGAUGGCCAGUCCUUAGUUACAGCUUCUGAUGAUAAAACAAUCAAAGUGUGGACAGUUCACAGGCAGAAGUUUUUGUUCUCACUCAGUCAACACAUAAAUUGGGUCCGUUGUGCCAGAUUCUCUCCUGAUGGACGACUAAUAGCAUCAGCCAGCGAUGAUAAAACUGUCAAACUGUGGGAUAAAACUAGCAGAGAAUGUAUACAUUCCUUUUGUGAGCAUGGGGGGUUUGCAAAUCACGUGGAGUUUCACGGCAGUGGUACGUGCAUUGCUGCAGCUGGUACAGAUAACACAGUGAAGGUGUGGGAUGUUAGGAUGAACAGACUCCUCCAACAUUAUCAAGUGCACUCCGCUGCGGUGAACAGUCUGUCCUUUCACCCCUCUGGAAAUUACCUGAUUACUGCUUCCAACGAUUCAACUCUCAAAAUUCUGGACUUGCUCGAAGGAAGACUUCUGUAUACUCUUCAUGGUCACCAGGGUCCAGCCACCUGCGUAGCAUUCUCCAGAACUGGAGACUUCUUUGCCUCUGGAGGAUCUGAUGAGCAGGUGAUGGUAUGGAAGACUAAUUUCAAUGCAGCAGAUUACGGCGAAGUUCUGAAAUCUCACAAGUCUGGUGCUAAUGUGGAUGGGACCCAUCACAGUCUGACAGUUUCCAUCCUGGAGCAGAGGCUGACCCUCACGGAGAACAAGCUGAAGGAGUUUCUGGAGAACCAGCAGAAAAUAGUUCAGAACAAAGAGAAUUGAGUUUGUGAAAGAGGAGCGCUGAAGGCCCUUGGAGGUUGCAGGGGUUUGUAUUCUUAACAGACUGGGUGACUUCAAUGGUUUGGAAAGUAAUCAAUUUUUAAUUCAUGUGUACAGUUACUGUAUCUGUAAAUACAAAGCUUUGUUACUUUACUAAAAUAAAAGAUUUUUAUUUGUAA